GUCCUCAAUCUCCUACUACUCCCUUAACAUCUGGCCAAGAAAAAGGUGGAACAAAAUAUAACUGGGACCCUUCAGUGUAUGACAAUGAACUGCCCGUACGAUGUCGAAAUAUCAGUGGUAUCCUGUACAAAAACCGACUUGGCUCAGGUGGUCGAGGACGUUGCAUUAAGCAAGGGGAGAGCUGGUUCAGCCCCACAGAGUUUGAAGCCAUGGCAGGAAGAGCCAGCAGCAAGGACUGGAAAAGAAGCAUCCGUUAUGCAGGGAGGCCAUUACAGUGCCUUAUUCACAGUGGCCCAGUAAGACUUUUUGUGCCAUAUAAAAGACGGAAAAAGGAAAAUGAAUUGCCUGCAACUCCAGCAAAGAAAGAUUCUCCCAAAAAUAUUACCCUGCUUCCUGCAACUGCUGCUACUACCUUCACCGUGACUCCUUCAGGGCAGAUCACUACCUCAGGCACUCUGACCUUCGACCGUACUUCAACUGUUGAGGCCACAGCCAUUAUCUCAGAAAGUCCAUCCCAGGGUGAUGUUUUUACUGGAGCCACUGUAGUACAAGACACAAAUGUUCAGCAGCCGUGCCGGGUCAGUCAUCCAGAGCCUCACUACCCAACUUAUCAGGACAAUUGUCAGAUUUCCACUUUCCCAGAAGCAGCAUUGCCAACGUCACAUCCCAAAAUUGUAUUGACCUCGCUUCCCGCCUUGGCUGUGCCACCCAGCACCCCCACCAAGACCAUAUCUUCUUCCGUGGUGAACGGACUAGAAAUGACAGAGCAACGAAGUUGGGUGUACCUUGAGGAGAUGGUCAAUUCGCUGCUCAGCACGGCUCAGCAGCUGAAGAAUCUCAUUGAACAAGCGAAGCAGGCCACCUCCUCGUACAGAGAAGCCGCCGUCACCCAAGCAAAAAUUCAAGCCGACGCGGAGAGGAAAGAGCAGUAUCAGAGCCAGUUAUUUCAACAAACAGAAGAUGUAGAUGGGAAAACAGAAAUCAUCAUUAAGCAAUCCUGUGUAAACUGUGGCCGUGACGCUAUGAAUGAAUGCACCGGCUGUCACAAAGUCAAUUACUGCUCAACUUUCUGUCAACGGAAGGAUUGGAAAGAUCACCAGCAUAUGUGCGGCCAGUCUGCUACAGUUACUGUUCAGACAGAAGAGGUUCAUGUUACGGACAAUGUGAUGGAGAAAGUUGCUGUCUGAAAGGCCCUACCUCUUGGAAUUGUGUGUUUGUGUGUGUGUGCGUGUGCGUGUGUGUUAACAGACUGGCCGGACCAGUCAUCCUACUGUGAUUUCAUACAAUUCAAAGGACCAAGCUCAUUGAUCAAGAAGAUCACAUUUGUGCAACCAUUUCCAUGUUGCUGGCCAGCAUAAACUCUUCUUUGACCCUGCAGAAACUGAAAAUACAUUGAAUUGAGAAUGUGAAGUGGCUCCACUUACGUUAAGGGAACUCUGAACCAACUUCACAGGGCUCUCUACAAACCCUUUACAAAGCUGGCUGGCGGUUUAAAUAUCUGCAUCUUCUUUGAAGUGACUUGUGAAGGUUCUUUAAAGCGGCUGUUAAGAAACGCUUUCUUUUGAGAUUCCGCCAAAGCAAUUGCAUCAGUCUUGCUCUCCCAUGCUGACCGACCUCUCAUUUUAAAAACAUGUAAC